GGCCCCAGCGCAUCGCGAACCUCCAAAUUUUGGCCAUUCGCGCAUCCUGCAGUGACGUCUCGGCCAACCUUCUUUCUCUCUGACAACACACGAAAAUCCCUGUCACUUCUUUCGACCACAUCUCUCUCUACCUUACCUCUACCUGAAAAAGUACACGGACACACCUGGAACGCACGAAACGCACACAUACAGCCAUGUCAGAAUACUGGAAAUCGACGCCAAAAUACUGGUGCAAGCACUGCAGCAUCUUUGUCCGCGACACAAAGCUCGAGCGACAGAACCACGAGGCGACGGGCAAGCACCAGGGCGCGCUCAAACGGUUCCUGCGCGAUCUCCACCGCGGCCAUGAGCAAGAAGAGCGCGAAAAGGACAGGGCGAAGCGCGAGGUGGAGAGGUUGAAGGGGAUAUCUUCUGGAACACCAUCUUCGUCAUCAUCAUUUUCGAGACCCGGCGGUUCGAGCAGCAGCGGCGCGCCGCCGUCGGCGGAGGCGCAGCGCAAACAGCAGAUGGAACAGCUCGCCGAGAUGGGCGUGUCGAUACCGACGGAGUUCCGGGGCGAUAUGGCGAUGGCGGGGGAGUGGACGGUCACUACGACAAAGGUUGUCGACGACGAGGCGGCGGCGCGGGAGAGGGAGAAGCCUGUUGAGGCCAAGGCUAUUGGGGUGAGGAAGCGGGAGCAGACGGAGGAGGAGAGGGAGGAGGAGGAGGCUGUGAGGGGGUUGUUUAAGAGGCCUAAGAAGUGGGGGAGUACGAGGACGAUGCCGGCUGAUGACGAGGAUCUUGAUGCGUUGCUGAGUGGGAAUACGCUGAUGAGGCCUGUCAAGAAGGAGGAGAAGGAGGAGAAGGAUGAGGUGGAUGCCAAGACUGAGGUGAAGCAGGAGGGUGAAGGGGAGGUUGCGACGGGGGUUACGUCUGAUGAGCCGGCUGUGAAGAGUGAGCCGACGGAGGAUGAGGCUAGCAGCAAGGGUCUGGACGUGCCGGCCUUGGGAGAGGAUGGUGUCAAGAAGGAGGAUGAGGCUGCGGAGACCACGGAGGCCGCGGCGCCGGCGGUGGUGUUUAAGAAGCGCAAGCCCAAGAACAUGCGACAAAAGUGAAGAUUUUCUUUGGUGGGGACUGGGCAAUACAGCAUGUCUGGGGUGCAUAGCGAGGGCGUUGGGUGUUGGGUUUUUAGACACGGGUUACUUGAAAGAUCUACAGAUCAACGGCCGCUCAGUCCUGUGGUCAGGGAUACUAUAAUGAGUGUUUGCAUCAUGGUCAACGGGAUAUUGCUCUGGCUGUCUGGCGUGUUGUUGCACAGUUGCAUUGCAUUGG